UGCAAGAAACACCAGAGAGACCAAUAAACAAACAAGUCCUUCACAUAUUUUCGUCUUACGUAGCUUUUGGUGGAACAUUAACGAUAGCCUACGCAAAACAAUUUAACGGAAUUUCUCUAAGCUGUUUCCCCCUCUGCCAUAGGGGGGAGCAGUCAUAUGAUUGCUUGAGGGCGGCGGCAUUUCGCACCACCUUACUGUAGCUCACUGCCUGACACAAGUCCUGGGACCUCUUGAACUCUGUAUCGUCUUCUCUACUGUUUUUUGCGUGCAAACCCACCUCAGAACUACACGAAUUUGGACUGGGGCAUUGCAGUACAGUCCCUCUAAAUAGCAUAGCACCAGUCCUGCUUAUAAUUGUCUCACUUCAGAAGCAACGGAUUCUCUUCACUGAUUAGUUUUUAUUCUCCAUAUAAUGGGGAAAAGUGGACAGUCGGUGAGAUUUGGAACCGGAAUAAGAAGACUCUCCUUACGAAUGUCCACAUCACCUGGACUCAUUCUGCUGCUUGUGAUCAACAUUGUAACGGCACAAGUGGACGAUGACUUCCUGGGGCUGGGUGAGCUGCCAGAGACGUUCCCCUCGGACCCGCCGGAGCCCCUGCCUCACUUCCUCAUGGAGCCCGAGGAGGCCUACAUCGUCAAGAACAAGCCGGUGAACCUCUACUGCAAGGCCACCCCCGCCACGCAGAUCUACUUCAAGUGCAACAGCGAGUGGGUCCACCAGAAGGACCACACCGUGGAGGAGCGGGUGGACGAAACAUCAGGUCUGGUGGUACGUGAGGCCAGCAUCGAGAUCUCGCGGCAGCAGGUGGAGGAGCUGUUUGGGCCGGAGGACUACUGGUGCCAGUGCGUGGCCUGGAGCUCGGCCGGCACCACCAAGAGCCGCAAGGCCCACGUCCGCAUCGCAUAUCUCAAGAAGUCGUUUGACCAGGAGCCAUUAGGAAAGGAAGUCUCUCUCGAGCAGGAAGUGCUCCUACAGUGCCGUCCACCUGAGGGCAUACCUGCAGCGGAGGUCGAGUGGCUGAAGAACGAGGAGAUCAUCGAUCCGGCGGACGACCGUAACUUCUACAUCACCAUCGACCACAACCUGAUCAUCAAGCAGGCCCGCCUGUCCGACACGGCCAACUACACCUGCGUGGCCAAGAACAUCGUGGCCAAGAGGAGGAGCACCACCGCCACCGUCAUCGUCUACGUGAACGGAGGAUGGUCGACGUGGACCGAGUGGUCGGUGUGCAACAGCCGCUGUGGGCGGGGCUUCCAGAAACGGACACGGAGCUGCACCAAUCCGGCGCCUCUGAACGGCGGAGCUCCGUGUGACGGUGCGGCUAUACAGAAGCUGCCCUGUACUUCUCUCUGCACAGUGGACGGGGAGUGGAUGGAGUGGAGCAAGUGGUCGACGUGCGGCACCGAGUGCACACACUGGCGCCGGCGCGAGUGCAACAACCCAGCGCCCAAGAACGGGGGCAAGGACUGCGAGGGCAUGGUCCUGCAGUCGCAGAACUGCACAGAUGGGCUUUGCAUGCAGAGUCCGUAUCAGCUGUCCACUGAGCCUAAAGCCAAGAAUGAUUUUGGAGUGUCAUCCGCACCCAGCACAGACGACGUGGCCCUCUACGUGGGCAUUGUGAUUGCGGUCAUCAUGUGCCUGGUCAUCUCCGUCAUCGUGGCCCUCUUUGUCUACCGCAAGACCCACCGCGACUUCGAUUCGGACAUCAUAGACUCCUCAGCCCUGAAUGGGGGCUUCCAGUCGGUCAACAUCAAGACGGCACGUUCGGCCGACCUGCUGACCGCCCCGCCGGACCUGACCAACGCCGCCGCCAUGUACCGCGGGCCCGUCUACGCCCUGCACGACGUGUCCGACAAGAUCCCCAUGACCAACUCGCCGCUGCUCGACCCGCUGCCCAACCUCAAGAUCAAGGUGUACAACUCGUCCACGCUGGUGACCCCGCAGGACGAGCUGGCCGACUACGCGUCCAAGCUCUCGCCCAAGGUCACGCACUCGCUGCUGGACAACAGCGAGCCGAUGAUGGCGGCGAGCACGGCGGCGAGCGUGGCCAGCCUGCGCACCCAGACGCUGGCGCGCACGCGCGACCCCUCCUGCACCGCCGUGGGCUCCUUCAACUCCCUCGGGGGACACCUGAUCGUGCCCAACUCAGGUGUGAGCUUGUUGGUGCCAGCAGGAGCUGUUCCUCAGGGUCGCGUCUACGAGAUGUAUGUCACCGUCCAGAGGAAGGACAGCAUGAGGCCCCCUGUGGAGGACGUGCAGACGGUCCUGAGCCCCGUGGUGAGCUGCGGCCCCCCGGGGGCCCUCCUGACGCGGCCCGUCAUCCUCACCAUGCACCACUGCGCCGCCGCCAACAGCGAGGACUGGCACGUCCAGCUCAGCAGCCAGAUGCAGCAGGGCCAGUGGGAGGAGGUGGUGGUGGUGGGGGAGGAGAACUUCGCCACUCCCUGCUACGUCCAGAUGGACGAGGAGGCGUGCCACGUGCUCACCGAGACGCUGGGCACCUACAGCCUGGUGGGCCAGUCCAUCAGCAAGGCCACGGCCAAGCGGCUGAAGCUGGCCAUCUUCGGACCGGUCAGCACCACCGCCCUGGAGUAUCACAUCCGCGUGUACUGCCUGGACGACACGCAAGACGCCUUGAAGGAGGUGCUGCAGAUGGAGAAGCAGAUCGGAGGGAAGCUGCUGGACGAACCAAAGACGCUGAACUUCAAGGACAGCACCCACAACCUCCGCCUCUCCGUCCACGACAUCCCCCACGGCGAGUGGAAGAGCAAGCUGCUGGCCAAGUACCAGGAGAUCCCCUUCUACCAGGUGUGGAGUGGCUGCCAGCGAACCCUGCACUGCACCUUCACUCUGGAGCGCUUCAGCAUGGCCACCAUCGAGCUGGACUGCAAGCUCUGCGUCCGGCAGGUGGAGGGCGAGGGCCAGAUCUUUCAGCUCAACACCGCCCUCUCCGAGGACUCCCAGAGCAUUGACACGUCGCUGAUGGACCCGGCCAGCAACAUCACCACGCUGGUGGGGCCCAACGCCUUCCGCAUCCCCCUGUCCAUCCGCCAGAAGCUCUGCGGCAGCCUGGACGCGCCCCAGUCCCGCGGCAACGACUGGAGGAUGCUGGCGCACAAGCUCAACUUGGACAGGUACCUGAACUACUUUGCCACCAAGACGAGUCCGACGGGCGUGAUCCUGGACCUGUGGGAGGCGCAGCACUUCCCCGACGGCAACCUCAACCAGCUGGCCGCCGUGCUGGAGGAGAUGGGCCGCCACGACCACAUCGUCCCCAUGGUGAUGGAGCUGUGAGAGGGACCAAAGGAGAGCGGAAGCCCAGAGCCAUACGCCGCUACUCCCACACACACACACACACACACACGUGUACACAUACACACAUACACACACACACACACACACACACACACACACACACACACACACACACACACACACACACACACACACACACAUACACACAU